AUGGAGAUUUUCACGAUGCCAAAAUUUCAGCCCCUGGUGGCAUCAGAGGAGGAGUGCAGCCCUUGCGUUGUGGCAACAAAGCUUGUCGCCAACAUCCCCCUGGCCAUCCUUUAUACUGUUGGAAUGUUGUGCGGCGUGGCAGCCGGCCUCACGGUCGGCCUUGCGGUCGGCCUCUUUGAAGCGUUCAAGCUGCUGCGUUGGUCAGUCGUCUCCCUCAUUCGGCUUUGGCUGGGUGCAUCUGCAAUUCUUUUGGCUUCGCUAUUGACGAUGUGUCUUCAAGCGACAUGGAGCCGACAGUGA